AUGUCAGACCACGAUGACUUUGCUGGCCUAGCUGGGCCUUGGAAUUCAUCAGAUCUCAGCCUUUUCAAUCCAGCCAGUGUUGUUGUCCCAGUCAUCUUCUCCCUCAUCUUUCUCCUGGGUACAGUGGGAAACAGUCUUGUGUUGGCUGUUCUGCUAAGGAGUGGCCAGAGGACACACAACACGACCAACUUGUUCAUCCUGAACCUAAGUGUUGCAGAUGUCUCCUUUAUUAUCUUCUGUGUACCAUUUCAGGCCACCAUCUACUCGCUUGAAGACUGGGUGUUUGGUGCUUUCAUGUGCAAAGCUGUUCACUUCUUCAUAUACCUCACAAUGUAUGCUAGCAGCUUCACUCUUGCAGCAGUGUCUGUUGAUAGGUACCUGGCUAUCCGUUACCCCCUGCGGUCCCGUGAACUUCGGACCCCUUGGAAUGCAGUUGCUACAAUGGCUGUUAUUUGGGGGCUUUCUGUGAUAUUUGCUGGGCCUUAUUUGAGCUACUAUGACUUGAUGGACUAUGAAUCAAGCCACAUUUGCAUGCCUGGGUGGAAGGAGAGGACCCGUAAAAUUAUGGAUACAGGCACCUUUAUUGUAGGGUAUGUUAUUCCAGUGCUUAUUGUAAGCCUAUCUUACACCAGAACCAUUAAGUACUUGUGGACAGCUGUUGACCCACUUGAGGAUAUGUCAGAAUCCAAAAAAGCAAAGAGGAAGGUUACCAAAAUGAUUAUUAUUGUGACUGUCCUUUUCUGUCUCUGCUGGCUUCCUCAUCAUGUGGUGGUCAUGUGCUAUCUUUAUGGUGACUUCCCCUUUAACCAGGCCACUUAUGCCUUCCGUCUACUCUCCCAUUGCAUGGCCUAUGCAAAUUCUUGCCUCAAUCCCAUUGUCUAUGCCUUGGUGUCAAAGCACUUCCGCAAAGGUUUUCAGAAAGUUUUCAGCUGUCUUCUGAGGAAAAAGGGUCGCAACAAGGUCCAUGUAGUGAAUGCAGCCAAUGCCGAGCCUGGUUUUGAUGCUGCCUCUACUGAAGUAUCCCAUAUAAAUGAGGAGCACGGAAAGAGAAAUGGUCAACAAAAUAGUGUUAACAGAUCCAAUUCAUCCAGGCCACUAGGAACUCCAUGAUCUGUAACAGAUGUGGCUAAAAGACUUCUUUAUUGGGACGGUUUAAGAAAAAUGUUGUGCACAAUCCAUUUAUGUUCCUUAAUUAAAUGAAUCCACCAAAAUAUACUGAGAAUGGGUCUAAAGGUUAUGAAUAAUCAAAAUAAUGAGUGCCAAAAUGGGCCCCUGAUGUAGAAAAACAACAACAUAAAGCAAAAUUGUACCACCUCUGGAGUUAUAACACACAUAACUGCUGUGAAGAUGUAGGAUAGAAAGCUUUGUUGUCAUACACAUGAAUAUUAUUAGUCUAGAGAAGGCACAAUGAGAAACAAUCUUCUUCCAGUCUGAUGGUAAAACAAAUUGUAUAUGACAUUGUUGUAACCAAUAAGAUUACUUCUCAGUGGUUGAUGGUCAGACCUGCCCUUUGGAAUGGCGAGUGGGGCACCCACCCAGGGCGCUGUCAUUUGGGGGGCCCAGCAAUGUCAGGGGUGAGGUUAAGAGACGGUGCAAUGUACAUCCUGUAUUUAGUUUAUGAUGAGUUUUAACGAAAAUAACUCUGUGAAGAUGUAGGCUAGAAUGUCUUUUGAUAUCAUACAAAUUAUUAUUAUUAGUCUAGAGAGAGCACAAUGAGACAAUCUUCUAUUUACAAUACUGAUUUUGAUCUUGUUCAGACUGCUGGUAAAACAAAUUGUAUAUUACAUUCCUGUUACUAAUGAUAUUACUUCAUAUUACUCUUUAGCGGCUGAUGGUCAGGGCUGCCCUUUGGGCAGGGUGAGAGGGGCCCCACACAUUGACAGGUUUUUCAAAUGUCAAACACAGACCUGUUCAAAAUUUAAAGGAAUUUCUAAUAUAACUAUUAAAGUUCUAAACUAAGUUCCCCAUAAAAGAUUAUUCAUGCAUAGUAUAUCAAAUUUUCAAUGCUCUUUCAUUAUUUAUUUUGGUCUGCAAUUAUAUGCUUAAAAUUGUUUAGAUUUAAAUCUCCCCAGAGAAGAUGGAGUGUAUAGUUCAGAUUUCAGAACCCUAAAUCUCCACAGUGGUUGUUUGGCAACACUAGAAAGAAAUAAGAUUUAAAAAUAUAUUUUCAAAGGGUAUAUCCCUGGUCAGCAAAGCAAUGUAAAUUUUGAAAAAAAUGACAGUUCUAAUUAUUUUUAAAACAUUCCACUGUGAAGCUUUACGUUAAAAGAUGUGGGCGUUAUUUAAAUUCCAUUAAUUUUAAAUAUUGCAUCAAAUAGGAGUAUGAAAACAUUUUAUGAAUAUAGCGAUAAAAACAAAGUAAAACAUUUAAAAUAACACACCUUUUCUUUUUGUAACCAAAAAUGUCAACUGUACAAUUGACAAGCAUUAUAUACCGUAUAACAUAAAUAUUUACUAUUUAAAAUAUUUUGUCCUCUUUAAAUCGAGAUUACCAAAUACUUUACUUUUAAUGAAUCUGUUAUAAAUAAAAAUAAAUACAGACAAACCUGGUACUAUUUCUACUUAUGCAAUUCGCCUUAUGAAGAGUGCAAGUGUUUUUUUUGUGAAUAUGUCAAAUAGGAUUUUUGUAAUCGCUAUCACUUGUAAAUACUACUAACCAUACAUUCAACAUACAAAGCCAAUGGGGCGGAUUUAACAAUGUAUGGACGGACAUGAUCCGCAUACGCUGUCUGCAUUUAUCAUUGCACAACCAUUUCUAGUGAAAAGCUUGUGCAAUCGGCUGCUAGCAAGGGGGUGUCAAUCAACCCGAUCGUAUCUGAUCGGGCAGAUUGCUGUCCGCAGCCUCAGAGGCGGCGGACGAGUUCAGGAGUAGCCGUCUUAGAAACAGGUGCAUACGGGGCAUGAUAAAUCAGCCCCAAUAUCUUUACAGAAUCUUAUACAAUGAGCAAACAUUAGAGAAUUGGGCCCACAGAGAUGCAUUUAUGUUUUACUAUAUUGAGAACUUGGAAUACAGAUAAUGAUAAGGCCAAAUUACCACUUUGAUAAUUAUACUGGAAUGACCCUUUACGUGUGGCAUAGUGAAUAAAAGUGAACAUAUACAAAUACAUUCAUCUAACAGUGGUCUUCUCUUUUACGUUCCGUUCCUUUUUUUGACCUGCUAAUGAUAUGUGAUUUAUAAAGGAAAUUGAUUUCUUGAAAGCACACACGGUUAAAAAAAGAGGAGUAGGGCCUUAAAGGGACAUCAUGGCCAAAACUGAAAUGUACAUGUUAGCUAUAUAUUUCUAUUAGCAAAUGUGCUUCUAGUAGAAGUUAGUACUGUUUCAGAAGCAUAUGCACAUAUGCUGCAGAUUCUCUGUGCACCAUUAGACAAACAUGGCCGCUCACAGCUAUCAGUGACAUGCAUCGUAUCAGCAAUAAGGUAGUUUGUAUCGCACAAACUACUAUUGAGCAGGCCUGGUGUUUUAAUGCUGGAGCACUGGGCAUAUACAGCAUAUGUGCAUAUGCCAUUUAAACAGUAAAAGCGGUUACAAGAAACAUUUUUUCUAAUCUAAAAUUAGAAAUGUAUUGAAAAAUGCUUCUGUUCAGAAUUGAACCAUCAUUGUUGCUUUAAUUACAUCUUGGAAGAAAAACAACUUUGAAAAUUUGCAUGAUUAUGGCAAAAUAAAAAUCCUUUUCCCUAA